CUCAGGGCCAUCCCUUCCUCCUCUUUCCAUUCCCUCCUCUUUUAUCCCUCCACCAGGCUCCUACCUCUGCCCCCCUAUAAAGGCUCAUGUAGGCCCCCACUGGACAUAUUGAUCCAGACCAGCCAGAGGCGUAAGCUCAGAAGCCGAUGCUGCCCAGGGUUUCAGGGUCUUCCCCACUUCCACAGAUGUAAUGUGGCUCCCCAGCCUCUCCAAGUGGCUCUUCUACUGCCUGCUGCUCCCGGAGCUGGUCCUGGGCCAGAUUUCCAAAUGGACCACUCCUCCCCAGAUCUCCUGCCCAGAAGGAUCCAAGAUCUAUGGCUCCUACUGCUACGGAGUGUUCCAGGAGCCCAAAACCUGGAACGCCGCAGAGCUGAUGUGUCAAAGCCUGACCUCCGGCCAUCUCCUGUCCCUGAUGAAUGAGUCCGAAGCCUCCUUUGUGGCUGCCCUGGCCACCCAGAGUCUCGGACAGAACCGGAGUUACCUCUGGAUCGGCCUUCACGACCCCUCCCAGAACCGCCGCUGGCACUGGAGCGACAAUGCUGUGCUUGCCUUACAUACCUGGGAGAAAGGAGCCCCCGCGAAAACCACCCCCAGGUUCUGUGUGAGUCUGUCCCCACGCUCAGAUUCCAGGAAGAUGCUGCCCCUCACUUUCCCAGAGCUGCUCUUCGCCUGCCUGCUCCUCCCAGGUCUGGUCCAAGGCCUGGAGGACCCCUCUGAUGCUCCCUUAGCCAGGAGCUCCUGCCCCGAAGGCUUCAGUUCCUUUGGUUCCCACUGCUAUGGUUUAAUCCGCUACGAAGAGACUUGGAGCGUUGCCGAACUGCUGUGCCAAGACUACCCCUCCGGCCACCUCGUGUCCCUGCUCAGCGAGGCUGAGACGCGCUUCGUGGCCACCAUGAUUGCUGAGAAUGGCGGCAGCCAGAAGCCCAUUUGGAUCGGCCUCCAUGACCCCCAGGAGAACCGCAGGUGGCGCUGGUCCAGCGGUGGCCUUUUUCUCUUUCAAUCCUGGGAUAAGGGAGCCCCCAGUCAAACCAACCCAAAUUAUUGUGUAAUCCUGACCCAGGAUUCAGGAUUCCAAGCAUGGAAGGAUGAGCUGUGUAAAGUAAGGCUCCCCUACAUCUGCAAGAUCAAGGCCUAGAAGUGGCGAAUCAGAAGAAUGAAUUGAGGUUCUUCAACCCCUGAUUCAAGUGUACUUUGGAGGGUCCUGGUUGUAUUUUCUUUGCCCUGAAAGAGAACCUUUAUUCUACCUACCUCCCCACACACGAACUUUUCUCCCCUUGUCUUACCCUCCUGUACCCUCUCCUCCCUCCCCUCCACUUUUCCUUCCAUCAUUACCCUUAUGCUCAUUACCUUUGAUCCAGAGCACUGACCAUGAAGAAUAAACUGUCCUUCCCACUA